UCAAACUAGAUUAGAGACAGACUUUAGUGUAUCACAGUAAGAGGAAACUUCGGAAAUGUGCAUUGAUAGACAAUCAUUUACUUGUGUUCAUAAAUCGAUUUUACUUUAAAUUUGCUCAUUUGUAAACUUCUGUUUCAAGUGAAUUCUGGGAAGCGUUUCAGCGGAGUUCCCUUUAUAUUUUAAGAUUUUAUCUAAUUUGACGAGUGACUUAGAUUUUGGAAAAUUGCUCUGCAACUGUCCAUAUCAAAUCUCCAAAACAACAGCAGAUUUGGACAUCUCUUCAGUCACAUCGUCAUGUCCUCCGGUGAAGCGUUGGAGCAGAGUCGGCGGUUCUGUGUGUUGUCUUGGGAUCAGGUGCAGCGUCUGGACUCCAUCCUCGGGGAAAGCGUCCCUAUUCACGGACGUGGAAACUUCCCCACGCUCUCUGUCCAACCAAGACAAAUAGUCCAGGUGGUCAGGGCUCGGCUGGAGGAGUGUGGGGUGGUGGUGCGGGAUGUGAAACUCAACGGCUCGGCGGCUAGCUAUGUUCUCCAUCAGGACACCGGCCUGGGCUACAAGGACCUGGACCUGAUCUUCGGCCUGAACCUGACCGACGACAAGACCUUCCGCCUGGUUAAAGAUGUCGUUCUGGACAGCCUGGUGGAGUUCCUUCCGGAGGGGGUGAGCAGGGAGCGCAUCUCUGCUCUGACGCUGAAGGAAGCGUACGUUCAGAAGCUGGUGAAGGUAUGCAACGACACGGACCGCUGGAGCCAUUCGCUCUCCAACAACACAGGCAAGAAUGUGGAGCUCAAGUUCGUAGACUCUCUACGCCGCCAGUUUGAGUUCAGCGUGGACUCCUUCCAGAUCACUCUGGACUCUCUGUUGCUGUUUGAUCGCUGCUCAGAGACGCCCAUGUCUGAGAGCUUCCACCCCACUGUUCUAGGGGAGAGCAUGUUCGGGGACUUUGAGGAGGCCCUCAGCCACCUCCACACCAAAACGAUCGCCACACGCAGCCCGGAGGAGAUCCGCGGAGGCGGGCUGCUGAAGUACUGCCACCUGCUGGUGCGGGGGUUCCGCCCGGCCUCCGAGACCCAGAUGAAGCAGCUCCAGCGCUACAUGUGCUCGCGCUUCUUCAUCGACUUCCCUGACAUUGGCGAGCAGCAGAGGAAGCUGGAGGCCUACCUGCAGAACCACUUUGCGGGCAUGGAGCACAAGCGCUACGAGUGCCUGGUGACCCUAAGGGGCGUGGUGGACGAGAGCACCGUGUGCCUGAUGGGCCACGAGCGUCGACAGACGCUGGCGCUGAUCUCGGCGUUGGCGCUGAGGGUUAUGGCCGAGCAGAACGCCAUCCCGGCGCUCUCCAACAUCACCUGCUACUACCAGCCAGCGCCCUACGUCCGAGACGUCAACUUCAGCAACUACUACGUGGCCCGUGUUCAGUCGCCCAUGGCCCACUGCAGUAACUCUUAUCAGACAUGGCUGCCCUGCAGCUGAACAGGGGCGGGGGGGGUUAGGACUGGGACAACUUUAAAAGCUUUUAGUUUUGGUCUUCUGUUUAAUGUGAGUCGAGCAGUUCGGUAGGGAGCUCAGUGCAUCUGCGGCACCGUGGCUAUUUGUGGGAGGCCCACUGAGCACCAAAAAAAUUGAAAAUUAUGUAUUAUGUAUCUUUUUUUUUGUUGCCAAAAUCUUCAAUUGCAACGCAUUCCACUAAGUUAUAUCAACGAAAACUGCUGUAAAUCUAAUUUGAGCCGUUGUUGUAAUAUUUGUAAUGUUUGUUGUUGUUUUAAAACCAGCAUCAUUGUAUAUACUGUACCGUCAAAAUUUGACGUCCAGUAAUGUAAACAGAACGUUUAAAUUGUUGGGGUGAUUUUUUUUUGUCCCCCCAAUCUAGUCAAAGUUUGUGGGAUGCAUAGGGUGAUGUAAAUAACUGAGAAGAACCCAGAAAGCUGUGUUCUGUUCUGUCUGUGGUUUCAACUGAACCUCUUAUUUAGAGACGAAAGGACCAAAGAAUUCAUUCCUUGUGUAGCAUGUGAAAAGAAUGUUGUGAUUCCAAGUGCCUGAAACCAACCAAAAUAUGGUAUAUCGGUAUAUGUAAGGACUGUUUUUGAAAACUUUUCCACCCAGGUAACUGUACAUUUCUAUAUUCAGGGUCAGGGUAUUUCCUUUUCAAAUCAUUAAAAAAAUAGAGAAAAGUUACAAAA